AUGGCGUCCAGCGGCUUUCCCACCGGUGCCAACGCCAGCAGUAUGCGUCAAUCCGCUCGUCAAACUCGUACGAAUCCGUCGAGACAGUCUAAAACCGCUGGCCGGUCGUCUCUUGUCGGCAACCAAGCCAGUGGCCCCUCGAGCCUUGGAGGAGGGCUUGCAGCUGGCUUUUCACACCAAGGGAAUCAGAUGCCAGCGGGGAUCUAUCCGGGCAUCACUCACUUCAGUGAUGCUAUAGAUGCGCUACCUAGAGAGUUCCGGAGACACAACUCGUUAUUGAAUGAGGUUGAUGGCAAAGCGUGGGCGCUAGAAGAGCAGUUGUCUAAGUUACUUACUUCUGCAACGAAGCUGAUCUCCGUAGACUAUGACGCUCCCAGGACGAGAACGGUUGAUGUCACGCCGACGAGACAGGUUUUUCAAAAUAUCCGUUCUACCCUCAGCGACCUUUUAGGGACUAUCGAUGAAAAGAACCAUGUUGCGCGUAAUGCGAAUGCUACACUUCAGCGGGACGUUGGCCGCCUCGAUGCCAUUUACCCUUACGUACAGCGAGAAGUGAGUGACGAAGCUCGGCUCGGGAGUUUAACACACUGGGCAUAUAUAAACAAACCUACACCUAAAACAAGUGCUAGUGCUGUCAAUGAACGUCCCAGGAGAGACACAGCGGGCGCAAACAGUCAUAGAGUCAGUCACGGAGAUGCAGAUAACGAGCCAAGGAAAGAGCCUGUUCGCCGGCAACGUCGAACCCAAGCAGAAAUCGAAGCAGACGAAGCACGAGCAGGCGGACCUGUGCGAAGAGGAAAACCGGGCCCGAAAAGCCGAGUUGCGGAAAAUCAGCCGAACGAACAAGCUUUGGCUGCCGGAGCUGGACCUGGGGCUGUGACAGCCGGUGGGUCUAAACGACGAAAGGUAGAGCAUACUCAAACUAUGACAGCGGCAGCCAUGGAACGAUCAGCAAGUACUGCAACAAAUGCGCCAAUUGGCCGGGCAGGAUCGAAGGAAAGCCCUGCUCCUGAUACGGCGAAAAAGAGGACGAGAGCUCCUAACGCCAAUGCAGCUGCAAGGAAAAGAACAAAUACAGUAUCAUCAAUAACUGGCUCUCCAUCCCUUACCGGCGCAAUGAACGCAUCUCAGCUCAAUCAUUCUUCCAACAGUCCGGUGCCAAAUUCCUCCCUCCGCUCUCAACCGCGACCACAGAAUCAGACUCAGGCUUCUUCUCGCCAAAGACCGUCUUCAUCUGCGUCAAACCGCAACCCUAAAAAAGAGCUGCUGGACGCUAGGCCCCCGUCCGCAAAAAGCACUGCCAGCCCCAGGAUUGACUCAUUGGUAACCAGGUCCAACGGCGACACCAUCAGGAACAGCCCAAAGACAGCUGCUCUCGAGCUCAAACAUGAAGAAGUCAACUCCAUGGGCCCACUGGCAGCCUCUAAUCAUGUGCACGAUGGUAAAGCAGAUUACUCGAAUCUCCCGGAAAUAAACACCGGUGUUUCUACAAAACGGUCAUCCAAGAACUCAACACCUGUUUCGUCUACAUACACGGAAUCACAGCAGAGGUCACGGCCGUCCAGGACUGGCGAUGGUCCGAAGCGAUCCCACAAGAAAACAGGAAGCAUAUCAACUGCGCGGCAGAUGGCUUUGUCCGCCGCCGCGGACGAGGCUGCUGAUGAACCACGGGGCGAUGACCCAACGGAACCACGUUAUUGUUACUGUAACGAAGUCAGCUUCGGAGAGAUGGUGGCAUGCGAUAAUCCCAAUUGUCCUCGGGAGUGGUUCCAUCUCUCAUGCGUCGGUCUAACCAAACCGCCUUCUAAGAGUGUGGUCUGGUAUUGCAACGAAUGCAAGGACGGGGCAAAAAAGGCGAAAUCUGGGAAUGGGAAUACCCUGAGCUAUUACGCUAUGUUUUACCAUACUUAA